CAGGCUGUAAUUGACCGGCAUUUUGUCGAAGUCAAAAGUGUUUCGUUAUAUUUUCGUAUAUAUUUUCCCAGUUAACAAUUAUAAAAACUGAAGUAGGACAAAGCCAUGUUCAACCCAAACACACCGCCUGGCGAUAUGCAAUCCCUGCGCUGUCUGCACUGCAUGAAGGUUGUCCAGUGUUCCCGAUACGAUACCGGCGAACUGGUGCGCCACAUCGAGAAGGAUCACCCGGAGAUCUACGCAGUGACCACCGAUAAGAUCAAGAAUCUGCACAAGCUGGCCGCGGAUCAUGGAAUCAGCGAGGAGCGCCUCUCAAGAAUCGGCAAGAUGACCGGCCUUUCGGAGACCCAAAUGGCCGAAGAGGCGGAGAAAUAUAUGGCCAAGAAGAAUAUUUCCAGCCGAAGUGCUGGAUCCGGCGACGCAAAGUUAGUGGACAAAAAGGCAUCGUCAACGGGUUGCAGUGGAGCGUCCUCCAAGUCCGAGAGUCCCUGUCCCUGUCCCUGUCCAACUCCCUCGGACAAGACGACCGAGCAGCGGAGGUACCGUUAUCGUGCCUCCAUGGAGCGCUGGUCUCCCGCGGAGGGACGUCUCUUUUGUCCCUGCUGCGGAUGCAGUCGGCGUCCGCUGAUCAAGGCCGUUUCGGAGAUCGAGGACUCCGGCUGCUGGGCCUCCUGCUGGCCACUCUGCUUCCUGCCCUGCCUGAUGUCCUCGGACAACCGGGAGUACCUCUACUGCUCCAACUGCCGCACCUUCCUCGGCAUCUACGAUCGCGACAACAGCUGCGUGCAGCCGAGCAAGCAGUUCGUCUCCUGCAGCAAGUCGGUCCCUCCCCCGCAGAAGUCCCCCCUGCUGCCACCCCCCUAGAAUCCUUGGAAUUCCGUUCCAUUCCCCCAGCAGAGAACUCUUUUCUACCUUUCAAAUUGUUAGUGCAGGUCUUUAGAUAUGCUGUUGAUGAUUGUUAGUACAGGUCUUUCGAUAUGUUGUUAAUAAAAAAACAAUAUAAUUUGGCCCAAUUUAUCGAACAUCAUAAAAUGUUCAAAUCCAAAUUACAUAUUUUAUUAAAUAUGAUAUAACCGUUUUAA